UCGGCGGGCGGCGAGGAUCUGCCCGGGGGUGUUGCGCCCGGCUGCGGCCGCACGCCGGCUGGCCAGCGAGGUGCACCCGCCUCCGACUCCCCUCAGAGGCUUCUUAGGUCGGGAGAAGCUGAGGUUCUGCAGGACCCCCGUCCGCCCUGGGACGGUCCAGCCGCGGGGACUUUCUCUGGCUGAAGUGCGUGCAGCCUCCUCUUGGGUGCUGAAGUCACUACCCCAGUGAGGCCUCUCUCCUCCCACGCUCCCUCUGUCCUUCAGCCUGCGAGAACCCGGGGCGCAGAGGGCCGAGAAGAUUGUAGAGGAUGAAGAAAUAGCCUUGGGACCCUUGGAAAAUGAGGCCAACGCCCCUGCUGCUUCUGGCGCUGCUUCUCACCCUGCCCAGGACCCUGGGGGGGAAAGGGUGCCCGUCUCCCCCCUGCGAGUGCCACCAGGAGGAUGACUUCAGAGUCACCUGCAAGGAUAUCCACCGCAUCCCCAGCCUCCCGCCCAGCACGCAGACUCUGAAGUUUACAGAGACUCAUCUGAAAACCAUUCCCAGUCGUGCAUUUUCAAAUCUGCCCAAUAUUUCCAGGAUCUACUUGUCAAUAGAUGCUACUCUGCAGCGGCUGGAAUCACAUUCCUUCUACAAUUUGAGUAAAAUGACUCACAUAGAGAUUCGGAACACCAGAAGCUUAACUUCCAUAGACCCUGAUGCCCUAAAAGAGCUCCCACUCUUGAAGUUCCUUGGGAUUUUCAACACUGGACUCGGAGUAUUCCCUGACCUGACCAAAGUUUAUUCCACUGAUGUAUUCUUUAUACUUGAAAUCACAGACAAUCCUUACAUGACUUCCAUCCCUGCCAAUGCUUUCCAGGGGCUGUGCAAUGAAACCCUGACACUGAAACUAUACAACAAUGGCUUUACUUCAAUCCAAGGACAUACUUUCAAUGGGACAAAGCUGGAUGCUGUUUACCUGAACAAGAAUAAAUACCUGACAGCUAUUGACAAAGAUGCAUUUGGAGGAGUGUACAGUGGACCAACCUUGCUGGACGUCUCUUACACCAGUGUCACUGCCCUGCCAGCCAAAGGCCUGGAACACUUGAAGGAACUGAUAGCAAGAAACACAUGGACUCUAAAGAAACUUCCACUUUCCUUGAGUUUCCUUCAACUCACACGGGCCGACCUUUCUUAUCCGAGCCACUGCUGUGCUUUUAAGAAUCAGAAGAAAAUCAGAGGAAUCCUUGAGUCCUUAAUGUGUAAUGAGAGCAGUAUUCGGAGUCUGCGUCAGAGAAAAUCUGUGAAUGCUUUGAAUGGCCCCUUUGACCAGGAGUAUGAAGAGUAUCUGGGUGACAGCCAUGCUGGGUACAAGGACAACUCCAAAUUCCAGGAUACCCACAGCAACUCUCAUUAUUACGUCUUCUUUGAAGAACAAGAAGAUGAGAUCCUCGGUUUUGGCCAGGAGCUAAAGAAUCCUCAGGAAGAGACCCUACAGGCCUUUGAUAGCCAUUAUGACUACACUGUGUGUGGGGGCAAUGAAGACAUGGUGUGUACUCCCAAGUCAGAUGAGUUCAACCCCUGUGAAGACAUAAUGGGCUACAAAUUCCUGAGAAUCGUGGUGUGGUUUGUUAGUCUGCUGGCUCUCCUGGGCAAUGUCUUUGUCCUGAUCAUCCUCCUUACCAGCCACUACAAACUGACUGUCCCGCGCUUUCUCAUGUGCAACUUGGCCUUUGCAGAUUUCUGCAUGGGGAUGUAUCUGCUCCUCAUCGCCUCCGUAGACCUCUACACUCACUCUGAGUACUACAACCACGCCAUCGACUGGCAGACGGGCCCUGGGUGUAACACAGCUGGUUUCUUCACCGUCUUUGCCAGUGAAUUGUCAGUGUAUACACUGACAGUCAUCACCCUGGAGCGCUGGUAUGCCAUUACCUUCGCCAUGCGCCUGGACCGGAAGAUCCGCCUCAGGCAUGCAUAUGCCAUCAUGGUUGGGGGCUGGGUUUGCUGCUUCCUGCUCGCCCUGCUCCCUUUGGUGGGAAUAAGCAGCUAUGCCAAGGUCAGCAUCUGCCUGCCCAUGGACACUGAGACACCUCUCGCCCUGGCAUAUAUCAUCCUUGUUCUGUUGCUCAACAUUGUGGCCUUUAUCAUUGUCUGCUCCUGUUACGUGAAGAUCUACCUCACAGUCCGAAAUCCCCAGUACAACCCGGGGGACAAAGACACCAAAAUUGCCAAAAGGAUGGCUGUGUUGAUCUUCACUGACUUCAUGUGCAUGGCCCCAAUCUCAUUCUACGCUCUGUCAGCACUGAUGAACAAGCCCCUCAUCACCGUUACCAACUCCAAAAUCUUGCUGGUUCUCUUCUAUCCACUUAACUCCUGUGCCAAUCCAUUUCUCUAUGCUAUUUUCACGAAGGCCUUCCAGAGGGAUGUAUUUAUCCUGCUCAGCAAGUUUGGCAUCUGUAAACGCCAGGCUCAGGCAUACCGGGGCCAGAGGGUUUCUCCAAAGAACAGCACUGGCAUUCAGAUCCAAAAGGUUACCCGGGAUAUGAGGCAAAGUCUCCCCAACGUGCAGGAUGACUAUGAACUGCUCGAAAACUCCCAUCUAACCCCAAAUAAGCAGGGCCAAAUCCCAAAAGAAUAUAACCAAACAGUUUUGUGAGCUGACCCUACACAACUCUCAUUGGUAGGGGAACUUCUUAAAGGCUGGUUUCUUGAACAUGUAUUUGAACCUAUUACAUACACAAGACAGCUGACCUAACCCUUGUGCAUGUGAUGUUUCUUGGGGCAAAAGUUCAUCUCUGGAGAAGGGAUAGCAUUACCACUGAAUCGUUACCUCCAAGAAGAAAGGGAGGCUACCAGCAUGUCUGAAUCCCAAGUGAUAUCAAAAUAAUGGACACUUUCUAGAAAACUUGCUUAAUGCUACCUGCAGUGACAACAUCGUGUAAGAUGCUCAAAAGAUGUCGGCUCAACCGGGUCAGCAUUGAGCUGCUCACUUGUAGCUAGCAUUUCAUGCUAAAGAUUCAGCAAAUGGCAAAUGCUAUUAACUUAGUUGGUGGCCACAAGAUAAAAUUAGCCCCAUGUUGGCUUGGUCCGCCUUCAUGUUCCCGGGUACAACCAAGGACAAUGUGAAUUCCUCAAAACUGAAAAGUCCCACAGGAUACAUGCAUGGAGCAGCUAUUCUGAGGUGGAGGAGGGGAAAGGCUUAGCUUUGAGUUGUUUUUUCAGACUCCGAAACUAUUAAUCAUCUCUUUGCAAGGAUCUACCCGAUGUGACCCAACUAUUAUGUGUUGCCCAGGAAAAAAAAAAAAAAAACUGGCAAGAUUUCAGCUUAUGUGGCUGAGCAAACUAAGAACUGUUCUUCUUGGCUAGUCUCAUACAAUAAAAGACGUGAACUCUAGAAAUAUUUCUAAGUAGCAGCAAGUGGGAAUUAUGAGCAGAGCACACUAAAUCACCCAUUGAUUAAUAAAGCAGGCUGGACACACGGUAACUGCUGACCCUUGGGCAAAUCACAGGGCCACUUCUA